GCAGGGUCGUCCUGGCAACCAGCUGCUCAGCCAAUCAGCACCUUGUACUGUGAUCCGCCUUCAACAUCUGGAGCCAUGGCUGUGAGAAGAGCCCUGAUUGUACUGGCCCAUUCAGAGAGGACAUCAUUCAACUACGCCAUGAAGGAGGCUGCUGUAGAGGCUCUAAAGAGGAAAGGAUGGGAGGUGGAUGAAUCUGACCUCUAUGCUAUGGACUUUAACCCUAUCAUUUCCAGAAAGGAUAUCACAGGUAAGCUGAAGGACUCUGAGAACUUUCAGUACACUUCUGAGUCAACGCUAGCAUAUAAGGAAGGCCGCCUGAGCCCAGAUAUCGUGGCUGAACAGAAAAAGCUCGAAGCUGCAGACCUCGUGAUAUUUCAGUUCCCACUGCAAUGGUUUGGAGUGCCCGCCAUUCUGAAAGGUUGGUUUGAGCGAAUACUUGUUGCAGAAUUUGCCUAUACAUAUGCCACCAUGUAUGACAAGGGCCCUUUCAAGAAUAAGAAGACCUUGCUUUCCAUCACCACUGGGGGCAGCGGCUCCAUGUACUCUCUUCACGGUGUCCACGGGGACAUGAACAUCAUCCUGUGGCCAAUUCAGAGUGGCAUUCUGCAUUUCUGUGGCUUCCAGGUCUUGGAACCACAGCUGGUGUACAGCAUUGGCCACACCCCACCAGAAGCCCGGACUCAGAUCCUGGAAGGGUGGAAGAAGCGCCUGGAAACUAUCUGGGAUGAGACACCGCUCUAUUUUGCACCAAGCAGCCUAUUUGACCUAAACUUUCAGGCAGGGUUCUUACUGAAAAAAGAGGUCCAAGAGGAGCAGAGAAAGAACAAAUUUGGCCUUUCUGUGGGCCAUCACUUGGGCAAGUCCAUUCCAGUUGACAGCCAGAUCAAAGCUAGAAAAUAAGGGUUUUUUCCCCCUAACACGUAGUUAAACCUAGUUAUUAUUUUUCCAGCUUACCUGACUUUGUUUUGUUUUGUUUCCCUUAUUCCACAAGGAUAGGAAAAGAAGUAGGCUCACUUCAUACAUUUGUGGAUAGUUCUAUCACCAAGUGUACAGCUGUGACAACAAUAUGACGUCCAAAAUCAGAUUAGGUGCCACAGGUCAUUUGGGAUAUGAAGCAGGGGUAGGGAGGGGGUAUGGAAGCUGGAAGCUAUUCCUUUAGGUCAUCGAGGCAAUAUAAUCCUUUUCUUAGGGCUAGCCCUGGCUACAUGACAUUCACCUCUCCGAAGAUUUGUUUCUUUUAAUUAACUCUCUGUAGUUUAGGGCUUAGGGGAAUUGCUUAGAGAAAACAAUGGCUAAGGGACUGACUUGCUUUAGCAGUUAGCAAGCUAAAGCCUGUUUAUGAUACAUUCUGGUUUCAAUUACUGUGCAGUAACUGGCGUGCCUCCCAGGGGCAUUUCUCUCCAGCUCUUUUCUAUCUUGUACACAGCACACACAGGUCCUGGGAAAUGAAUAUUAAAACAGAUCUUGGUCUCA